AUGACCACACACGUCCUCGGCAGGCCACUCACGUCGUCAAUGACCAGCCACGCACGCCCUCGGCAACCACCCACGCACGUCGUCAGCAAUCACCCACGCACGUCGUCGCAAGCACGUCAUCCAUCAACCGCCCACGUCGUCCGACGACCACACGCAUCCAGCAACCGCCACACGUCGUCAACCACCCACACGUCGUCCAGCAACCACCCACACCCUCCAGCAACCACCCACACGUCAUCACGACCACCCACGUCGUCCAGCAACCAGCCACACGUCAUCCGGCAACCACCCCACACGUCAUCAGCAGCCACCCACACACGUCACUCAGCAACCACCCGCACAUCAUCCAGCAACCACCCACACACGUCCAUCCAGCAACCGCCACACGUCAUCAGCAACCACCCACACCGCUCCAGCCAGCCACCCCACACGUCCUCAGCAACCCGCACGCACGUCGUCAGCAACGCCCGCACAUCGUCCAACAACCACACACGUCCUCCAGCAACCACCCCACACACGUCAUCCAGCAACCACCACGUCAUCGACAAGCCGCACACACGUCGUCAACCAGCCAAUGCACACGUCAUCGACAACCGCCACGCGUCAUCGACAAGCCGCCACACACGUCAUCGCAAUGCCCCACGUCGUCCAGCAACCACGCACCCCGUCCUCCAGCAACCGCACGGCUCUCCAGCAACCACCCACCCACCCACGCCUCCAGCCAGCCACUCCAGCAACCGGCCCGUCCUCGGCAACCGCGCAUCGUCGACAACCACCCGCACGCCCGUCCUCAACGACACCCGCACCAUCUCCAGCGCCCACACGCACGUCAUCCAGCAGCCGCACAUACGUCAUCAGCAACCACCCGCACACGUCAUCCGGCAACCGCCACACGUCAUCGACAGCACCACGCACCCCGUCAUCGGCAACCACCCGCACGUCAUUCCAGCAACCACCCACAUGCGUCAUCAGCAACCACCGCACCCCAACCACCCGCACGUCACUCCAACUGACGCACGUCACUCCGACGACCACCCAUACGUCCCAUCCAGCAACCACCACACACACCCGUCCUCCAGCAAUACCCACGUCAUCCAGCAACCGCCACACGUCAUCAGCAACCACCCGCGUCUUCCAGCAACCCCCCACACGUCCUCAACGGCCACCACACACGUCAUCCAGCCAACGCACACACACCCAUCGCUCCAGCAAUACCCCGCCAUCAGCAAUACCCACACACGCCCGCCAACCACCCGCACGCCCUCCGGCAACCGCCACGCGCCCAUCGCAACCAGCACACACGUCAUCCAGCAACCACCCACGUCAUCCAACAAUAGCCACACCCGUCAUCAGCCGCCCACGCCCGUCAUCGACAACCACCCACGCACCCCCGUCAUCCAGCAAUGCCCCACGUCAUCCAGCAACCACCCUACGUCACUCAACAACCGCCCGCACGUCAUCAACAACCACCCACACGUCAUCAGCAACCACCCACACCGUCAUCGACCACCCACACGUCACUCCAGCAACCGCCCACAUGCGUCACUCCAGCAACCACCCACACCGUCUCCAGCAACCGCACGUCAUCGGCAACCACCACAUCUCAACUACCCACACACACGUCCUCAGCAAACCACCCACACACACGUCCUCAGCAACCGCCCACGUCGCCCGCAACAACCACCCGCACCCGUCAUCGGCGCCCACCGCCACUCCGACAACCACCCACGCACUCCAGCAACCACCCGCACACGUCAUCAGCAACCCUACACACGCCUCCUCAACCACCCCACGCACGUCGUCCAGCAACCACCCGCACGUCAUCGACAAACCAGCCACACACGUCAUCAACAACCACCGCACGUCGUCCGACAACCACCACACGCCUCCAGCAAGCACCCCACACACGUCGUCGACAACCGCACACGUCAUCCAACAAUGACCACACACGUCAUCAGCAACCACCCACACGUCGUCCAGCAACCAGCCCACACGCACUCCAGCAACCACCACGCAUCGUCAACAACCACCCACGUCGUCCGGCAACCAGCCACGCACGCCCGCUCCAGCAACCACCCGCACACGUCACUCCAGCAACCACCCACGCAUCGUCCAACAACCAACCGUCGCUCAGCAACCACCCCACACGUCAUCCAGCAACCACCCCGCACGUCAUCAACCAGCCACCCACACACGUCGUCCAGCAACCGCCCCGCACGUCCAACAACCACCCACACACGUCAUCAACAGCCAGCCACCCACACACACGCCACAUCAACCAGCCACCCCGCACGUCCUCAACAACCACCCACACGUCGUCGGCAAUGCCCACGCAUCGUCAACAACUGCACCCGCACGUCAUCCAGCAACCGCCACGCACGUCAUCGGCAACCGCCCACACACGUCAUCGACAGCCACCCGCACGUCGUCCGGCAACCGACACGCGUCAUCAACAACCACCCACGUCAUCCAGCAAGCCACCCACGCAUCAUCGGCAAUGCCCCGCACGUCCUCCGGCCAACCGCCCCACCGCACGUCAUCAACCACCCACACGUCGUCAAGCAGCCACCCACACCCGUCAUCCAGCAACCACCCGCACACACCCGUCAUCCGGUGCCGGAAAACUGGGAUUCUACAGUUAAUGCUACCCCGUAG